AUGGAGCUUCUCUCGCCGCCGUCACAGCCUUCACUGUUAUUGCUGCUGCUACUGCUGCCACCACUGCUGGCCAGAGAGUCCUGGCAGUGUCCGCGCACCCCCUAUGCCGCCUUGCGCGACUUUGAUGUCGAGUACAAGGUGCCCAGCUUCUCGGCCGGAGGUCCGGUACAGGCCAUAGCGACCUACGAGGGCGGCAGGGACGGGAGUGCCGUGUUCGUGGCUACACGCAAUCGCCUGCACGUGCUUGGGCCUGGCCUGCAGCCAGUAGAGAGCCUGGCCACAGGUCCUGUUGGAGACCCGGGCUGUCAGACGUGUGCGGCCUGUGGCCCGGGCCCCCACAGCCCGCAGGGAGACACAGAUGCACGGGUGCUGGUGCUGGAGCCAGCUCUGCCCGCACUAGUCAGCUGUGGCUCGAGCCUGCAUGGGCGCUGCUUCCUGCACGAGCUAGAGCCCCAAGGGACAGCCCUGCACCUGGCACCGCCAGCCUGCCUCUUCUCCGCCAACCACAACCAGCCCGAGGACUGCCCUGACUGUGUGGCCAGUCCUCUGGGCACCCUCGUGACCGUGGUUGAGCAGGGCCAUGCCUCCUACUUCUACGUGGCAUCCUCACUGGAUGAGACGGUGGCCUCGAGCUUCAGCCCCCGCUCAGUGUCCAUCCGGCGCCUCAAGGCCGAUGCCUCAGGAUUCGCACCGGGGUUUGCCGCGCUGUCCGUGCUGCCGGAGCACCUCGCUUCCUAUCCUAUCCAGUACGUGUACAGUUUCCGCUCCAGAGCCUUUGUCUAUUUCCUGAAGGUGCAGCGGCCCAGCGUGGCAGCUGCCCCGGAAGCCUUGCACACACGCCUGGCACGGCUCAGCGCUGCUGAGCCCGAGCUGGGCGACUACCGCGAACUCGUUCUCGACUGCCGAUUCGCACCCAAACGCCGGCGCCGCGGGGCCACUGAGGGAGGACAGCCCUACCCAGUGCUGAGGGCGGCCCAUGCAGCUCCAGUGGGCAGCAAGCUAGCUGCUGAGCUGAGCAUCGCUGAAGGCCAAGAAGUGCUAUUUGGCGUCUUCGUGGCUAGCAGAGACAGCAGUCCCGGUGUGAAUCCCAACUCUGUCGUCUGUGCCUUUCCCAUCGACCUAGUGGACACUCUCAUCGAGCAUGGUGUGGAGCGCUGUUGUGAGCCUCCUGUCCCCCCUGGCAUCCGGCGAGGCCUCGACUUCUUCCAGUCGCCUAGUUUUUGCCCCAACCCGCCUGGCCUGGAGGCCCCCAGCCCCAACACCAGCUGCCAUCACUUUCCUCUGCUGGUUAGCAGCAGCCUAUCACGUGUGGACCUCUUCAACGGGCUAUUAGGACCAGUACAGGUCACUGCACUGCAUGUGACACGCCUUGACAAUGUCACAGUGGCCCACAUGGGCACAACUGAUGGGCGCAUCCUGCAGGUGGAGCUGGCCAGAUCUCUCAACUACUUGCUGUAUGUGUCCAACUUCUCACUGGGUGGCAACAGGCAGCCCAUACAACGAGAUGUCAGUCGCCUUGGAGACCACCUGUUCUUUUCCUCCGGGGAGCAGGUCUUCCAGGUACCUAUCCAGGGCCCUGGCUGCCACCACUUCCUCACCUGUGGGAGUUGUCUGCGGGCACAGCGUUUCAUGGGCUGUGGCUGGUGUGGGGGCAUGUGUGGCCGGCAGAAGGAGUGUCCUGGCUCCUGGCAACAGGAUCAUUGUCCACCUGAGCUUACUGAGUUCUACCCCCAGACUGGACCCCUAAGGGGCAGCACAAGGCUGACCCUGUGUGGCUCCAACUUCUACCUGCGCCCUGCUGAUCUGGUGCCUGAGGGCACCCAUCAGGUCACCGUGGGUGAAAGUCCCUGCCGACUGCUGCCCAAGGACAGCCCAAACCUCAGCCCAGUGCCCCGGAAAGACUUUGUAGAGGAGCUUGAGUGUGAGCUGGAGCCCUUGGGCAUGCAGCCAGCCGGGCCCGCCAACAUCAGCCUCACUGUGACCAACAUGCCACCAGGCAAGCACUUCCAAGUGGAUGGCACCUCCAUGCUGCAAGGCUUCUCUUUCAUGGAGCCAGUGCUGACAGCAGUAAAACCCCUCUUUGGCCCACGGGCAGGGGGCACCCGCCUCACCUUUGAAGGCCAAGGCCUGUCUUUAGGCACCAGUCAGAUGGUGCUGGUCAAUGGGACUGAGUGCCCACUGGAACAGGUCAGCGAGGGGCAGCUCUUAUGUACUACGCCCCCUGGGGCUGCUAUGGCCAGGGUUCCCAUUCACCUGCAGGUGGGGGGCGCUGUGGUGCCAGGCUCCUGGACCUUCCACUACCUGGAAGACCCCAUUGUGCUGGGCAUCAGCCCCAACUGUGGCUACAUUGGCUCCCAUGUCACCAUCCAUGGCCAACAUCUGACUUCAGCGUGGCACCUAGUGCUGUCAUUCCAUGAUGGGCUUAUGGCAGUGGAAAACAGGUGUACAGGGCACCUCCCGGAGCAGCAUCGGUGCCGCCUGCCCGAAUAUGUCGUCCGAAGCCCCCAGGGGUGGGUAACAGGGAACCUGAGUGCCUGGGGGGAUGGAGCUGCUGGCUUCACGCAGCCCGGCUUUCGCUUCCUGCCCCCACCCCAUCCACCCUCCACUGACUUUGCCCCACUGAAGCCCGAGGAGCACGCUGUUAAGUUUGAGUAUAUUGGGCUGGGCGCUGUGGCUGAUUGUGUGGACGUGAACGUGACCGUGGGUGGUAAGAGCUGCCAGCAUGAGCUCCGGGGGGAUGUGGUCAUCUGCCCUCUGCCUUCCUCCCUGCAACUUGACAAGGAUGGAGCCCCACUGCAGGUCUGUGUGGAUGAUGGAUGUCACAUCCUGGGCAGGGUGAUACGGCCAGGCCCAGAGGGGGUCCCACAGAGGCUACUCCUUGGUGUCCUGCUGGCCCUGCUCCUGCUUGUGGCUGCACUGGCCGCUGCGCUGAUCUUCAACUACUGGCGGAGGAAACAACUGGUCCUUUCUCCAAACCUAGAUGACCUGGCAUCCUUGGACCGGACCACUGGAGCCAUCCCCUUGCCUGCACUCCGCUCAGGUUCUGACUACAGAAAUGGCCUUGCAGCCCCUGCCACUCAUGGUCUGGAUUCCACCACACAGAGCCACAAAGCAUCCGUCUCAGACAGUGGGGACGGGUCCUGUGUCCCACUGUUGCAGACAGAGUCCAUCCAGCUUGGGGACUUAGACUCUGCACUCCUGACCGAGGUGAAGGAUGUGCUGAUCUCACAUGAGCAGGUGGUCACCCACAGGGACAGAAUCAUUGGCAAAGGCCACUUUGGAGUUGUCUACCAUGGAGAAUACACAGACAAGGACCAGAAUCGAAUCCAUUGUGCCAUAAAGUCGCUGAGUCGCAUCACAGAGGUGCAGGAGGUGGAGGCCUUCUUGCGCGAGGGGCUGCUCAUGCGUGGUCUGCACCACCCAAAUGUGCUGGCUCUCAUCGGUAUUGUGCUGCCCCCUGAAGGGCUGCCCCAGGUGCUGCUACCCUAUAUGCAUCAUGGAGACCUGCUUCAGUUCAUCCGCUCACCCCAGCGGAACCCCACGGUGAAGGACCUCAUCAGCUUCGGCCUUCAGGUAGCCCGUGGCAUGGAGUACCUGGCAGAGCAGAAGUUUGUGCACAGAGACCUGGCUGCUCGGAACUGCAUGCUGGAUGAGUCAUUCACAGUCAAGGUGGCUGACUUUGGCCUGGCCCGUGGUAUCCUGGACAAGGAGUACUACAGUGUUCGACAGCAUCGCCAUGCUCGCCUCCCUGUCAAAUGGAUGGCACUGGAGAGCCUGCAGACCUACAGAUUCACCACCAAGUCUGAUGUGUGGUCAUUUGGUGUGCUGCUGUGGGAGCUGCUGACACGGGGCGCCCCACCAUACCCCCACAUUGACCCUUUUGACCUCACUCACUUCCUGGCCCAGGGUCGACGCCUGCCCCAGCCUGAAUAUUGUCCUGAUUCUCUGUACGCAGUGAUGCAGCGCUGCUGGGCUGCGGACCCUGCAGGGAGACCCACAUUCUCAGCGCUGGUGGAGGAAGUGGAGCACGUGGCGGCCAGGCUGCUUGGGGACCACUACGUGCAGCUGCCUGCAGCCUACGUGAACCUGGGUCCUGGUGCCUCGGAUGAGGCGAACAUGCACCCAGAACAGUCGCAGACCCCACCUGUGCACAGGAUCGCACGUCGGCCCUGGCCUUCCUCAGAGCCACCACAGCCCACGUGA